AUGUUUCUAUUCUGUACUGGAAAUCUCUAUGUCGCUGAUUCCGGCAACAAUCGAUUACUGAAGUAUGCGCUAGGCAAUGAUGAUGCAGAUGUGGUUGCUGGUGGACAAGAAUGGCAAAGCUCUGACUUAGCUCAUCUGACCGACCCUGACUCAGAUAUUGUUGACGACAAAGGUGCACUUUAUAUUUCAGAGAAUGGAAACCAUCACAUUGUUCGUUGUAUUGUUGGUGCUAAGGAGGGCGUAGUUAUAGGAAAAAACAAUCUGAAUUUUGAUAAAUGA